AUGAUCAGUGGUCUCAUUGGCAUAGUCGCAUUGCUGAGGAGUGUGGAAAGCAAUGAUGUCAGUGAUAUUCCAAGCGAUGAAACCAGGAAACUUCCUCAGGUAUGGGCUGGUGAAAUUUUCACGCAGUUAAUGAAUUCCAGCUACGAUAAACGAAUUCGACCUCCGAAUUAUGAUGCAUUCGGGAAGAACCAACCCGUUGUUGUAGACAUAAACUUCUACAUGAGAAGCAUGUCAAACAUCGACUUCGUGAAGAUGGAGUACAGUCUUCAAAUUACGUUCCGCCAGUAUUGGCAAGAUUCACGUCUAGACUACAGUUCCAUGUUUGCGGGAAAAGAUGUGCCUAAAUUUCUGAUAAUAACUGAAAAGGACGCGAUAUGGACUCCGGACACAUUUUUUCUGAACGAGAAAAAAGCACACCGACAUGAUAUUGACAAGCUGAACCUCAUGAUUCGAGUCCAUGCUAACGGCACUGUUAUGUAUUCAGAACGGAUAUCCCUCACAUUAUCCUGUCCUAUGCAUAUACAGAACUAUCCUAUGGACGAACAGAUUUGCAAUUUGGAUCUCGCGUCUUACGCAUUCACAACUGAUGAUAUAUUGUAUCGUUGGCAUCCACCUGAUCCUAUUCAAUUCCACCCCAUGCUAAACACUUCAUUACCAUGUUUCACUCUUGACGAAGCGUAUACCGACACAUGCUCGAGCAUAACAACCACAGGAGAAUAUUCAUGUCUUCGAAUGGUGUUCCAUUUGAAGAGGCUUUUCAGUUACUAUAUGGCUCAAAUCUACAUACCGUCAUCGCUACUUGUUAUUGUUUCUUGGGUGUCAUUUUGGCUGGAUAGGACCGCAGUUCCUGCUCGAGUUACUCUUGGCGUCACUACCCUCCUUACAAUGACAACACAAGCUGCUUCGAUCAACAGCAGUCUACCAGCCGUCUCUUACAUCAAAGCCGUCGACGUCUGGAUAGGAGUCUGCCUAGCUUUCAUAUUCGCAGCAGUGCUUGAAUUUGCAUGGGUCUCGUACAGAGGAUCUCUUCAGGAUGAAUGCCCUGCACACUCCCAUAUUGGGCAUUCAGAACGGGUCGGCAGAAAAAGAGUAAGCAAGAAAGACAGCUGGGGAGCUGCAAGGCACGAUGAAGAAACUCUCUUCCGUGACCACCAUAGUCGAAGGUAUGGAUCACAUCUUUCAUGGUGGCAGAAGUGGAAGUUCGACGCCGAUCCUCCGAAAAUGAUUGAUCUCAAAUCACGUGUAUUGUUUCCUCUCCUCUUUCUAAUAUUCAACAUAUUCUAUUGGACAUGGUGUGCACUGAGGUGA